UUCUGUAUCUCUCAAUCGAUGGCCAUGGACCCUGACUUCUGAAGAGUUCUCUCACAACCCUUGCACAUGUAUCUGUGUCUUCAACUGCAAGCCUGCGGUGGCUUGGCCUGCCUCAGGGGGCGGCCACCCAGCGGUACCCUAGCGGCGUCGCCACCCGGUGCGCCUGACCGCCUCCAACCCAGCUGACGCGUCCUGCUCCGCUGCCCUCGAGGUCGAGGGCGCCCUAGCUUCCCGUCGGUGAGGGCGCCGCACCAGAAAAUCCGAGGUGCGAUUUCCCCCUUCACAGAUCGAGUUUACAAGGCCGGAUUUUUUAUAUUAAGUUGAAAGACUGUUAAAUUCGAGUUGGAAGUUGGGGGAUCCUGAUUCCACGCGUCCGCAUAAUCUGCCCUCGAGAAGUCAAUAUCGCAAUAUCGCAACUGAAAAUUACCCGCAAAAAGAAAAAUAUUGCAGCUGAAAACGUAGAGUAAAAACGGUAGUUGAGAUGUUUGGAUGUACCGGCGCCGCAAACUUAAUAACACUUGUUUAGAACCAUGCGUCAUCGUAUCAAACUUCAUUAAUUAUUGAAAAGCAUGAGGAACAAUUCCAAACAGAGUAUAAAAGCGACAAAGAACGGGGAUACCUGCUAACUAACCUUGCACGCAACUGGAUUUGCUUAAAACAAAUUACGGCCUGCCGGUCGGCACUAAUGCAUAUUUUUCAAAGCAAAACGAAGCUGUCACUCUGUCAAAGUAAGCACAGUGACGAAAUGUUUUUUGAUGCUCCGUAACGCGAACGCUGUCUGUGUUGCCCCGUAAUGCCAGCGCCAUCUGCGUGGUGUGUGCUACUUCACGUCUUCAUCCAUCCCCUUAGGGCAAACUAUAAUCAUCUACACAGAAGCCAAUAAUACGAGUCCAUGUGAUAUGCUUCUGAAGACAAGAGGUGCACAGCUUCUUCUCUGUUCUCUCCACGAAUAUUUCGUUCACUUCCGUUUGCCUUAAUUUUUUCGCUUCUUUCAGAUCUUUUUAUAUGUGAAUUGUGCACAGUUGAACUCCAGCCACGCAUUACUAAGUAGUGAGCGACAAAGCUAUGUCAUGGAACUCUUCGUGCUCAUAGUAUGGGCACCGUUGGUAUUGUCAUAUGGAGCUGGAAGCAUCAUUUGUGCUGUUCUCCAUGGGAACGAUACGGAUAUGCUGUCACUCCUUGACUUCAAGCGCGCAAUCACUGAGGAUUCAAAAGGGGCCUUGAGUUCAUGGAAUGCCAGCAUCCACUUCUGCAACUGGCAGGGCGUGAAGUGCAGCCUCACACAACAUGAGCGUGUCGCUAUGCUGGACCUGUCGGAGCAGAGUUUGGUUGGGCAAAUCUCUCCUUCCCUUGGAAACAUGUCAUAUCUUGCUUCUCUUAACCUCUCCAGAAGUAUGUUCUCUGGCCAGAUACCUCUUCUCGGCCACCUGCAGGAGUUGAAGUUUCUUGACCUGAGUUACAACUCACUGCAGGGGAUUAUUCCAGUGGCACUCACAAACUGCUCCAACUUAAGCGUGUUGGACCUCUCAAGAAACUUAUUGGUGGGUGAAAUCCCCCAAGAAAUAGCCCUUCUCUCCAAUCUGACACGUUUGUGGCUUCCCUAUAACAAGCUUACCGGGGUCAUCCCACCGGGCCUUGGCAAUAUCACUUCUCUAGAACAUAUUAUUUUGAUGUAUAACCAGCUAGAGGGAAGCAUUCCUGAUGAGUUUGGGAAAUUGUCCAAGAUGUCAAACUUACUCCUUGGUGAAAACAUGCUGUCAAGUAGAGUCCCAGACGCUAUCUUUAAUCUGUCUCUGCUCAAUCAAAUGGCCUUGGAGUUGAAUAUGCUAUCUGGCACUCUACCAUCUCACAUGGGCAAUACUCUCCCUAACCUCCAACGUCUUUUCUUGGGUGGUAACAUGUUGGAAGGUUUUAUCCCAGACUCAUUAGGCAAUGCGUCUGACCUACAGCACAUAUCCUUGGCUUAUAAUCAUGGAUUUAGAGGGCAAAUUCCGUCUUCUCUUGGUAAACUUAUGAAGCUCAGAAAGCUAGGUCUCGACACAAACAAUCUUGAAGCAAAUGACAGUCAAAGCUGGGAAUUCCUGGACUCAUUGAGCAACUGCACUCUUCUAGAGAUGCUUUCACUCCAUAGUAAUAUGCUUCAAGGAGUCUUGCCAAAUUCUGUUGGCAACCUUUCGUCUAAUCUUGAUAACCUUGUGUUUGGUAGGAACAUGCUAUACGGAUUACUCCCCUCAAGCAUAGGAAACCUACAUAGACUAACUAAACUAGGACUGGAGGGAAACAAUUUUACUGGUCCAAUUGAUGAAUGGAUUGGAAAUCUUCCAAAUUUACAAGGUUUAUAUCUUGAGGAGAACAGAUUCACUGGGACUAUACCAACUUCCAUUGGCAAUAUUACCAAGUUGACAGUACUGUUUCUAGCAAAUAAUCAAUUCCAUGGUCCUAUACCAUCAAGUUUAGAAAACCUUCAACAACUCGGAUUUUUGGACCUCAGUUAUAACAAUCUUCAAGACAAUAUACCAGAAGAGGUUUUUAGGGUCGCCACAAUUAUUCAAUGUGCAUUGUCCCACAACAGUCUAGAAGGCCAAAUUCCUUGCAUCAGUAAUCUUCAACAACUCAACUAUCUAGAUCUUUCAUCCAACAAGCUUACUGGGGAAAUUCCACCAACUCUGCCCACAUGCCAACAAUUGCAAACUAUCAAAAUGGACCAGAACUUUCUCUCAGGAAGCAUUCCCAUAUCUCUGGGCAGUCUUAGCAGCUUGAUCAGCCUCAACCUUUCACAUAACAAUUUCUCAGGCUCUAUCCCAAUUGCUCUAAGCAAACUGCAACUUCUCACCCAGUUGGAUCUAUCCGACAAUCAUCUUGAAGGAGAUGUACCAGUAAACGGAGUAUUCAAAAAUACGUCAGCCAUUUCACUUGAAGGAAAUUGGCGACUUUGUGGUGGUGUAUUGGAACUACAUAUGCCUUCAUGCCCGACUGUUUCUCAGAGAAGAUCUGGAUGGCAACACUACUUGGUCAGAGUAUUGGUCCCCAUAUUAGGCAUCAUGUCACUUUUAUUACUGGUUUACUUUACCCUCAUUAGAAACAAGAUGUUACGGAUGCAGAUAGCAUUGCCUUCUUUGGGUGAGCGAUUCCCAAAAGUUUCUUAUAAAGAUCUAGCACGAGCUACAGACAACUUCGCAGAGUCUAACUUGAUUGGGAGAGGAAGCUGUGGUUCAGUGUACAGAGGAAAGUUAACCAAAGAACACAUGGCUGUGGCAGUGAAAGUUUUUGACCUUGACACUCAAGGUGCGGAUAGAAGUUUCAUGUCAGAAUGUAAAACUUUGAGAAACAUUCGUCACCGGAAUCUUCUUCCCAUUUUGACUGCAUGCUCAACAAUUGAUACUCGAGGCAAUGAUUUCAAAGCUCUAGUCUAUGAUUACAUGCCCAAUGGCAACUUGGAUAGUUGGGUGCACCCAACAGGCGAUAGAAAUUUCGCAGAUCAACUGGACCUAUAUCAGAGAGUGGAAAUAGCUGCAAAUAUAGCUGACGCACUGCAGUAUAUACACCAUGACUGUGAGAGUCCUAUUAUUCACUGUGAUUUGAAGCCCAGCAAUAUCCUUCUAGAUUAUGAUAUGACAGCUCGUUUGGGAGAUUUCGGCAUUGCAAGGUUCUACAUAAAACGCAAGCUAGUACCAGCUGGAGAUUCGACUUCAGUUGGCACAAUAACUUUGAAGGGGACUAUUGGAUAUAUUGCUCCAGAGUAUGCCGGAGGUAGCUACUUAUCAACUUCUGGAGACGUGUACAGUUUUGGGAUAGUACUUCUAGAACUACUAACAGGAAAACGACCAACUGAUCCUAUGUUCUGCAAUGGACUUACCAUCGUCGAUUUCGUCAAGAGGAAUUUUCCAGAUCAGAUACUUCAUAUUAUUGAUGCUUAUCUCUUAGAAGAGUGUCAAGAGUCUGCUAAAGCUGAUUUGGGAGGAGAAAACAACGCCCAACAGUGCUUGAUGUCCUUGCUGAAAGUGGCGCUUUCUUGCACAAGACAGACACCUAAUGAUCGAAUGAACAUGAGAGAAUCAGCUACAGAAUUGCACGCAAUCAAAAUGUCUAUUUCCAUACCUGCUGUUAUGUAGUACUCCAUAUGUAAUUAGAGCUUUUGAUCUGCUACAAUAGCGUGUGGUAGAAUCAGGAGGCACUUCACGGUCUGACGGUCAUGGCAUGAACUAUAUCCUGUACAGAACGUAUUUUCCUGAGCUGUGACUCUGUUCCUAGUCUUUCAAGUGUUCCAUCUGUUGUAAAAGCAUGAAUUAGGUGUGUGUUUUAUGAACUGUAAACAUGGUAUGCAUAUUUCUUAAAUUGCCCUGAAGUUGGCAUUUUUGUCUGA